AUGACUCUGCUGGCUGGAGAGGGCUCUGAGUAUGACUUCAGUGCUGUGAGCUGUGCGUCAGACCCGCCCCCUCUCCAUGAGCUCGAGCCUCAGAAGGGAGUGUACUACAGACGGGCCCGGCUCGCUCCCCAGCUCUGCACAGACCUCCCUCUCUCCAGUGCUCGCCGGCUCUACGCCAUCAUAAACGUGGGCGGACUGCGGUACCAGCUGCCCUGGACCACUCUGGAGGACUUCCCCCUAUCUCGCCUGGGCCAGCUCCGUCUCUGCAGCAGCUUCGAUGACAUCAUGCAGAUCUGCGACGACUACGAUGUCACUCACAACGAAUUCUUCUUCGACCGCAGCCCGUGUGCCUUCAGAACCAUCCUGGCGUUCCUACGGGCGGGAAAACUGCGCGCGGUACGGGACAUGUGCGCGCUCUCGUUCAGGGAGGAGCUGCUGUACUGGGGCGUUCCCGAAGACAACCUGGAGUGGUGCUGUAGGCGUAGAGUGGUGCAACGGGUGGAGGAGUUUGAAGCUUUGGAGAGGGCGGAGGAGGAGGAGAUGCUGGAGGAGAUGUUGGACACGGACAGCAGAGAGGCUCCAAAGGAGACGAGGGUGAACAGGUGCAUGGGACAGCUGAGGGACAUGGUGGAGCGGCCGCAUUCGGGGCUGCCGGGGAAGAUCUUCGCCUGUUUGUCGGUGCUGUUUGUGACGAUCACCGCGGUAACACUGUCCAUUAGCACCAUGCCCGCACUGAGGGAGGAAGAGGAGGAGGGCACAUGUUCACGUCGCUGUUAUAACAUCUUCAUCAUAGAGACCGUGUGCGUCGCCUGGUUUUCCCUGGAAUUCUCUCUGCGUUUCAUUCAGGACCGGAACAAACUGUCUUUCCUGCGACAGCCCCUGAACCUCAUCGACCUCGUGGCCAUCCUGCCGUACUACAUCUCCCUCCUGGUCGACAGCUCGCAGGGCGCGGGCAGCUCCGGGAACUCGUAUCUGGACAAGGUCGGUCUAGUCCUCCGGGUUCUCCGAGCUCUCCGGAUCUUGUACGUGAUGCGUUUGGCACGUCACUCCCUCGGACUUCAAACUUUGGGACUUACCGCUCGCCGUUGUACGAGGGAAUUCGGUUUACUUCUCCUGUUCCUGUGCGUGGCGAUAGCUCUCUACUCCCCUCUCCUGUUCCUCAUUGAAAACGAAAUGACAUCCACGCAGGAAUUCAGCAGCAUUCCGGCUACGUACUGGUGGGCUGUGAUCACCAUGACGACGGUGGGGUACGGGGACAUGGUGCCGCGCAGUAUCCCGGGGCAGGUGGUGGCGCUCAGUAGCAUUCUCAGUGGGAUUCUUCUCAUGGCGUUCCCGGUUACCUCCAUCUUCCACACCUUCUCGCGCUCGUAUCUGGAGUUGAAGCAGGAACAGCAGAGGGCGCUGCAGAGGCGGGCGCGGUUCCUCUUGCGUGGGCACAUGGCGGGACUCGGGAGUGACUUGUCUCUGGAGAGCGACGUGUUGUUUCCUCUGCGGCCCGCGGAGAGUAAACACAUGUGACCAAAACACGACGACAAAAGAGAUUAUACAGGGAGGGACUUAAACAGGGCACAGAAAGGACCUGUUUAAAAUGUCCAGGGAUAAAGCCAUGAUGUGUAGCUUUAUGAAAAUGUUAUUGUUCAAAUCUGAAUCAGUUAAAGUGGGACUGAACACCUAAACUCCGCCCAUCCACAUUUGAAAGUGGAACUAAACACUGAAUCUACUAUUUUGCGACUAAACUGUGUGAUGUUUUUGUAAUAUUGUCUACUAUUCCUAGUCCUUUUUUGCAGUUUUAGUGAAAACCAGGAAUUUGCAGCUUUGUGAGUCAAAAAAAACUAGUCAAGUACUAUGUGACAUCACCCAGAACUGCUCGGAUUACAGCCAGGUGUUUCUGUUUACAAACACCUGGCUGCAGGGGCGGAGUUUUAAGUGUGUCUACCUGUUAGACCAAUCACACUGUUCCUUAUAAACGCAAACGGCGCAUUUAAGGGCACUUUAGCGAAUUGGGACAUGGCUCUGUUAAACUGGGCGGUGCCUGGGGGGACAAAAGAGGAGGUGUUUGUAAUCAGAAACACCUGGUUGUAAUCAGGGGAGUCUUGAGUGAUGUCACCAACUACUGGAAAUUGCACAGACCACUGACGGCAGCACAAACUUUAGCUAGUGUGCACUAACAUUGCUAUUAAAAUAACUCGAAACAGAAGGACAUACUGUAAGACCGACACUAUGUACACAGUUUGGUAGCAAAAAAAAAGGAUGAUUUAGUGUUUAGUUCCAAUUUAAAGACAAACCAAGUUCAAAAUGUCACAUAAUGAGUGAUCUGGUCCUACAUACAGCCAACAUACAGGGCUGUGGACUACAAAAUACAUUUUCUAUACUACUUAUUCAGAAUUGUGAUACUUCUGGAACAGUUACUUUCCAUUUGGUGAUAUUCAGAAUAUUUUAAAACUCAAAGUAAUUACUGUAUUUCAGAUGACACCGCAGUAUUCUAUAGGCCAAUGAUAUUUAACACCAUCUGUUUUAACCCUGUUGACACAAAAGCAUGUAUCUUUUGUCAGUAAACGCUGAUGUUUUGAAUCCUCCUCAGACAUAAAUAUAUCUGUGGACACAACCUACAACUCGCCCGACUUUAAUGGAACCUGCUUCUGCCUUUGUCCUCUGGGUUUAUUUCAACUAAAGUGAAUCUUUUGCUCACUCAGGCAUUCACAGACCUGCACUCUUGGUCUACAAGCCUCAAAUGUGUUUCUUUUUG